AAAAAUUCAUACCUUUUUGAAAUAUAAACACAUUCAGUACGCGGUAUACCACGCGAUGCUUUGAUCUUUUUAAUGCCACUUCUUCAAUAAGCAGGGGCGGAUCUAGGGUUAGGCAGCCUAGGCAAUUGCCUAAGCCUAAGCUUGGGCAAAAAAAAGGAAAAUAUGCCAUAUAGCAUAACUUGUGAAAGUAAUAAAUAUUUUUGUAAAUUUGUCUUGUAGUGCUAACUUUGCUUCGCCAACCUGGAUGCGCGUUGUUAGGAACUGUUUUUUUUUAAAAAUUCAAUAAGAAGUAAACCCGGGGCGAUUUUAGGCAAGAUACCGAUUCGCCUAAAACGUCCGUGGGUUUCCAAGUUUUAAAUGAAUGAAAAUCACGGGUGGAAGAAAAAACGCCUAAAACGUCCGUGGGUUUUCAACUUCAAAUGAAUGGAAUUCUUAAAUCGGAAGAAAAAACGCCUAAAACGUCCGUGGGUCUUCAACUUCAAAUGAAUAGAAUUCUAAAACCGAGAAGAAAAACGCCUAAAACGACCGCGGGUAAGUUUUACAUAAAUCUCUGUGCGGCCAAGGGUGUGUCCUUCUUUUUCAACAUGGAUUCCCUUGAUCAGGAGUACACUGUUGAAGAAGCUUUCAAGUCAAAUGAUUUGAAUAAAUUGAAUGAGUUGUAUGCAAAAUUGAAAAAAGAAAUUCUGGAUUCAGCUACCUUUUCGGAUAAUGAGAGGAUUAAUAAUGUUGGAAAGAAGUAUUUUCGCGAUCUAGUUGCUGAAACCUUUAUUCCAACCUUUGCUAAAGACAAAUUUAUUGCUUUGAACCUUUUACCCUAUCAUUUUGACUGGUCUUGAUGCAAAUAAUUGUAUCUGUUGAGUGGCGCUCCAUUCACUUCAUGGUUUGUUGUUUGACAAUUGAUCAUUUAUUUUGAUUUCAAUGCUAGAUUCAUUCGUCCAUUGGUAUUACUUCUGUUUCUGCUUAUAUACAAGUGAAGAAGAAAGAAGAAAGAAGAAAAAUUGUUUGCCUGGUUAUUAGAUUAACCUCAAAUUUAUAAAAAACAUUAUUCUGGCAUAUACAAAACGUCGGAAGAUAGUAAAAAGACGGGAGUAGUUAUCGCAUUAUGUAUCAAAACUUUUAUUUGUAUUUUAUAUUAUUAUAUAGCCUUAGUAGCCGAAAAGCACUUGUUACCACCUCGAAAA